GGGCGGGCAGAGGCCGCCGCUCCCCCCCGCCGCCGGUCGCGGCCCGUCCCGGCCCCGCCAUGGCCGCCCCUCCCCGCCUCGGCAUCCAGAUGCUGCUGGAGGCCGCCGAGUUCCUGGAGCGGCGGGAGCGAGAAGCCGAGCACGGUUACGCCUCGCUGUGGCCCGGCGGGAAGGACGGCGAGGCCCCGCGGCGCCGCGCCAAGGCCCGGAGGAGCGGCGGCGGCGGCAGGUCGACACACAAUGAGAUGGAAAAGAACAGGCGUGCCCAGCUCCGGCUGUGCCUGGAGAGGCUGAAGGGGCUGGUGCCCCUGGGCGCAGCGGCCGGGCGGCACACCACGCUCAGCCUCCUCACCAGGGCCAGGCUGCACAUCCAGAAGCUGGAGGACCAGGAGCGCCGUGCCCUGCACCAGAUCGAGCAGCUGCAGCGGGAGCAGCGGCACCUGCAGCGGCAGCUGGAGAAGCUGGGCAUGGAGCGGGUCAGGAUCGACAGCAUCGGCUCCAGCCUCUCCUCCCAGCGCUCCGACUCGGACCAAGGUGAGAGCCCGCCCCGGGGCGCGGCCGGGGGGCGCCCUGGCCCUGCGGGAGCCCCAACCCUCCCCGUGUCCCCGGCAGAAGAGAUGGACGUGGAUGUGGAGAGCACGGACGACCUCCCGGCCGACCUGGACUGGAGCAGCAGCAGCCCCAGCGACUCGGACGAGCGCGGCAGCCUGCAGAGCCUGGGCAGCGACGAGGGCUACUCCAGCUCCGGCGGGACCCGGGCCAAGCCGGCCGGCGGCAGGAAGCUUCCCGCGGGCGUUUAGGGAGCUCUUCCCUCGGGAUCCCGUUAGCCAGCGCAGCGACAGCGACCCCGCCAGCACUCCCUGCACGGAAACCCCCGCCCCCGGGGCACCGCCCGCUCCCGGGGCACUGCCCGCUCCCGGGGCUCCGUUUGCACCGCCUGCUCUGCUCCCGGGGCUCCGUUUGCACCGUCUUUUCCCGGGGCUCCGUUUUCUCCCGAGGCCCCGCCGGCCUCUGUGCCCGGCCUGGAGCCCCCGGGCGUGUCCCGGCAGCAGCAGCGACCUCAGGAGCCGGGCCCGGGCUGUCCCCAGGCUCUCGGUGCCCGGCGUUCCCCAUCUCCUCCAGCCUCAGGAAGAGCCGAGGGUUUUUGGGAGCAGGUUGAAGACGGAGCCGCUGCUCUGUGGAGUUCCCAUCCGCGGGGCCGGGCUGGGAGCGUUUGGGAUCGGCCUCAGUCGGGGCUGCCUUGCCCGACUCUAAACCUUCAGGGACCCCAGCGCAGCCCUGCCCGGCCCCGGAGCGUUCCUGGCUGGGCCGCUCAGAGCCCUGGGCUCCUGUGCCGCUCCUGGAGCGUGGCACGGCCUUGCAGAGCCCUGGAAUUCCCUCCCCGUCCUCUCGGGGACAGCUUCUUCUACCUCGGAGGGAGCCCGGGGCCUCUCUCCACCCCUUCAGCACAAAGAUGAUGCCUCUGCUCAGCAAUAACCCCGCGGGAUUCUCCCUCUCCCCCCGCCCGGGAUCGGUCCGGGCUCCUGGAAGGUUCCAGAAGCCGCCACAGGGAGGGGCGUUCCCAGCCGUGGUGUGGAUUCGUUCCCCAGCGCACUGGAGGAGCAUUCCCAGCCCUUUUUGCUUGUGGAGACGUGGAGAGCUCUGCUUGCAGCACCUUCCCUUUCCCCUCGGGCUGCUCCGCGGCUUUCCCAGCCCCUGGGGCCGGCCAGGCCGGGCUGAGGGGCCCGGGAGCCCUCCCGGGGCUGGCACAGAGCCCGGACCCUCUGCCGGCGCCUCUCAGGGAAUGCAGGUGCUGAAAGGCAGCGGGAUGCUCCGUGGAGUGCGAGGGGAUGGACGGGCAGCGGGAGACUCCGGUGCUUCCUUUCCCUUUCCCCUUUCCUUUCCUUUCCUUUCCUUUCCUUUCCUUUCCUUUCCUUUCCUUUCCUUUCCUUUCCUUUCCUUUCCUUUCCUUUCCUUUCCUUUCCUUUCCUUUCCU